CAAUAAAAGCAGCGAUUUUAAUUCAAAAAUGGUAUAGGCGUUGUUUGGCACGUUUAGAAGCACGACGUCGUGCAACGUGGAGUAUAUUUACCGCAUUGGAAUAUGUCGGUGAGCAGGAUCAAUUAAAGUUGUACAAUUUUUUCAGCGAAAUAAUCGAAACAUUGAGUGAACAAGAGGGUAAUUUGAAUCGUUACGCUUCACAAGGUGAAACAGCGGAUGAGAAGAAAUUACUUGAAAUGACUCGACCGGAAUCAUUCAAAAUUGAAAAAAGCUAUAAAGGCCCUAAUAUUUCAUUGCCACUGCAAAAAAUUCACAUUGAUGAAAUGAUUGAUGCCUUCAAAAAUAAUAAAAUAAUGCAUAUUAGCUGUAUAUUAUUGAUAUUACAUGAAGCUCGGCGAGUUUUUAAAACACUUCCAACAGUUGUUGAAAUUUCAACAUCAAUUUCAAAUCAAAUAACAAUAUGUGGAGAUUUGCAUGGAAAAUUUGAUGAUCUAUCAAUUAUUCUUUAUAAGAAUGGUUAUCCAUCAAGUGAUAAUCCAUAUAUAUUUAAUGGUGAUUUUGUUGAUCGUGGUACACAAUCUAUCGAAGUAUUCGUGGUACUUUGUGCAUUUGUAAUUUUAAAUCCAUCAUCAGUAAUACUAAAUCGUGGUAAUCAUGAAGAUUAUAUUAUUAAUUUACGCUAUGGUUUUGUAAAAGAAUUAACGACGAAAUAUAAGAAAUCAGCAAAUGCAUUGGUGAAAUUGUUGGAAGAUAUCUUUUCAUGGUUACCACUUGCUACUAUUAUUGAUAAUAAAAUAUUUGUUGCACAUGGUGGUAUUUCGGAUACAACAAAUUUGGAUGAUCUUAAAAAUUUACUACGAUAUGAAUAUGGAUCAGUGAUCACUCCACCACUUUCUUUUGAUGGUAUUGAAAGGAAAAAAAUUGAUACUAAAGGAUGGAAAUUAAUUUUGGAUAUAUUAUGGAGUGAUCCAAAAGAACAAAAUGGUUGUUCGGCAAAUGUUUUCCGCGGUGGUGGAUCAUGUUUUGGUCCCGAUAUAACUCGGACAUUUCUUGAGAAGUAUCAAUUGGAUAUGAUUGUUCGAUCGCAUGAAUGCAAAUAUGAGGGAUAUGAAUUGACACACAACGAUAAAGUAUUAACGAUAUUUUCGGCAUCAAAUUACUACGAAUACGGUAGUAAUCGAGGUGCAUAUGUUAAAUUUCUUGGCGCAAAACAUGAGCCACAUUUUGUGCAAUAUCAAGCAACUAAAGCACAUCGACAAGCUGUUAGCGCAAGAGAAAGGAUUGAUGCUGUCGAGCAAUCAGCUUUGAAAAAUUUGCUGACACAAUUGAAUGUACUUAAUAAACAACUUCAAAGUGAAUAUGAACUUUUGGAUCCAUCAAAUACCGGGAAAAUUUCAAUUUAUAAAUGGUGCAAAUGUGUUGAAAGUGUUUCGGGCCUUAAUUUACCGUGGUAUUCAUUAGCUCCACGACUUGUUACCGUAACUGAUGAUGGUAAAAAUGUAUUAUACAAACAAAAUCCAUCAGAUGUACAAAUUUUUAGUGGUAAUAAGGGAAUCAUACAGAAGAAACCGCAUGUUGUAGAAAUAUUAUAUAGGCACAAAAAUACUCUUGAAGCAUUAUUCCGCUUCAUGGAUAAGGAUCAUUCAGGUUUUGUAUCCGUCGAUGAAUUCAUUGAUGGAUGUAAAAUUUUGGGUCAAUAUACUCGCAAUCCUCUAGAAAUACCUCAUUUGGAACAAAUAGCGGAAAGUAUUGAUUUUAAUAAGGAUGGUUUGAUUGAUUUGAAUGAAUUCCUGGAAGCAUUCCGUCUUGUUGAUCAAGGAACUAAAUAA